CCGGCUGACGCCGGGCGUCGGGCCUGGACCGCCGUCCGCCGCCGUGCUCGGCGCCGGGCGCUGACGGAGCUGCGGCCCGAGGGCGGGAUGGAGAGUCGGAGCGUGCCGCCCGGCCCUUACCGGGCCACCAAGCUGUGGAAUGAAGUUACCACAUCUUUUCGAGCAGGAAUGCCUCUAAGAAAACACAGGCAGCACUUUAAAAAAUAUGGCAGCUGUUUUACAGCAGGAGAAGCAGUGGAUUGGCUUUAUGACCUAUUAAGAAAUAAUAGCAAUUUUGGUCCUGAAGUUACAAGACAACAGACUAUCCAACUGUUGAGAAAAUUUCUUAAGAAUCAUGUAAUUGAAGAUAUAAAAGGUAGAUGGGGAUCAGAAAAUCUUGAUGACAACAGUCAACUAUUCAGAUUUCCUGCAACUUCUCCACUUAAAACUCUUCCACGAAGGCAUCCAGAAUUGAGAAAAAACAGCAUAGAGCACUUUUCCAAAGAUAAAGAUAGUACUUUUAAAUUACGAAACUUGUCUCGUAGAACUCCUAAGAAGCAUGGAUUACGCUUCUCUCAGGAAAAUGCGGAGAAAAUAAACUGUGAAAUAAUCAAUGAAGAUCAAGAAAACUCAUUUGAUAAUAGAGAAAUAAGUCAGGAAGAUGUUGAAGAAGUUUGGAGAUAUAUUAUUCUGAUCUACCUGCAAACUAUUUUAGGUGUAUCAUCCCUAGAAGACGUCAUAAAUCCAAAACAAGUAAUUCCUCAGUAUGUAAUGUACAACAUGACCAAUACAAGUAAACAUGGAAUAGUUAUACUACAAGACAAAUCAGAUGACCUUCCUCACUGGGUAUUAUCUGCCAUGAAGUGCCUAGCAAAUUGGCCAAGAAGUAAUGAUAUGAAUAAUCCAACUUAUGUUGGAUUUGAACGAGAUGUAUUCAGAACUAUUGCAGAUUAUUUUCUAGGUCUCCCUGAACCUCUACUUACCUUUGAAUAUUAUGAAUUAUUUGUGAACAUUUUGGUUGUUUGUGGCUACGUCACAGUUUCAGAUAGACCCAGUGGGAUACAUAAAAUCCAAGAUGAUCCACAGUCUUCAAAAAUCCUUCACUUAAACAGUUUGAAUUCCUUCAAAUCAACUGAGUGUCUUCUUCUCAGUCUGCUUCAUAAAGACAAAAACGAAGAAUCAGAUACUACUGAGAGACUGCGGAUAAGUGAUCAAGGAUUUCAAGAAAAAUGUGCUAAGAAAAUGCAGCUAGUUAAUUUAAAAAACAGAAGAGCCAGUGCUAAUGACAUAAUGGGAGGAAGUUGUCGUAAUUUAAUAGGCUUAAGUAGUAUGCAGGUUCUGUCCUCUAACAUCAAACCAAGGUGCUAUUCUUUAGAAGGAAUUGUAGAUUUACCAGUGAGUUCAAUUAGAGAGGUCUCCAGUGUCUUCCAUCAAUCUGUUCUGAACAUAGAAGGACAAAAUAAUAAACAGUUUUUAGUGUCUAAGACCAAACAGGAAUCCCUAACGAAUCUUCAUUCAGAGGAAAGUAAUCAAAAGCCACUCUGUGUUGGUUUUAAGAGAACCUCUCCUUUGACUGUUCAAGACCAAGAGGAGUUAUGUAAUGGGAAAUGCAAGUCAAAACAGCUUUAUAGAUCUCAGAGUUUACUUUUAAGGAGUAGUACAAGAAGGAAUAGUUAUAUCAAUAUGCCAGUGGCUGAAAUUAUCAUGAAACCAAAUCUUGGACAAGGCAGCACAAGUGUGCAAACAGCCAAGGAAGGUGAACUCGGAAAGUCUAGUACCACAAUCAAUAAAAGACUCUGCAAAAGUACAAUAGAACUUUCAGAAAAUUCUUUACCUCCAGCUUCUUCUAUGUUGACUGGCACACAAAGUUUGCUGCAACCUCAUUUAGAGAAGGUUGCCAUCGAUGCACUACAGUUAUGUUGUUUGUUACUUCCCCCACCAAAUCGUAGAAAGCUUCAGCUUUUAAUGCGAAUGAUUUCUCGAAUGAGUCAAAAUGUUGAUAUGCCCCAACUUCAUGACGCAAUGGGUACAAGAUCACUGAUGAUACACACUUUUUCUCGGUGUGUGCUAUGCUGUGCUGAAGAAGUGGAUCUUGAUGAGCUUCUUGCUGCAAGAUUAGUUUCUUUCUUAAUGGAUCAUCAUCAGGAAAUUCUUCAAGUACCCUCUUACUUACAGACUGCAGUGGAGAAACAUCUUGACUACUUAAAAAAGGGCCAUAUUAAAAAUCCUGGAGAUGGACUGAUUGUUCCUUUGCCAACAUAUUCAUACUGUAAGCAGAUUAGUGCUCGGGAGUUUGAUGAACAAAAAGUUUCCACCUCUCAAGCUGCACUUGCAGAACUUUUAGAGAAUAUUGUUAAAAACAAGAGUUUGCCUGUCAAGGAGAAAAGGAAAAAACUAAAACAGUUUCAGAAGGAAUAUCCCUUGAUAUAUCAGAAAAGAUUUCCAACCACGGAGAGUGAAGCAGCACUUUUUGGUGACAAACCUACAAUCAAGCAACCAAUGCUAAUUUUAAGAAAACCAAAGUUUCGUAGUCUAAGAUACUAAUUGAAUUAAAAAUUAUGUAAUACUUGUGGAACUUUGGUAAAUGAAGCCAUAUCUAAGAAUCCAGCUAUUAAAAAGGAAGUCUAUUUAUUAAUAAGGUUUUUCUAAAUAAAACAUGUUUUGUAAGGAGGUGCCAAAAUAGUUUUUUAUCAAUGUGAGACUAAGAAACUAGUGGAUCUCAACUGAGAGCAAAUAACAGUAGGUGAUACCAGAUAUGUUAACCAGAAACAAUCUUUUGUUUAACAACAUCUGGAAAAGCUAUCAUGGUGUGUGCUACAAUUUUAUUUACUUGAAUUUUGAAAACUGACAUAAUGUUCAUCAAGAUUAAGCUGUAAUUCUGUUGUUACAAGAAAACUUAUCUGCAUAUGUGCUUAUGAAUAUUAAAGAACUAGUUGUUUAGGGUUACAUUUGUUUCUAAGUGUAAGAAUGUGAAGAAUAUUUGAAAACUCAGUGAAUUAAUUUUCUACUGCCAAAUGUUGCACUCUUUUGUAUAUUCUCUUUCCACUUUUGAUCUAUUUAUAUACAUAUGUGUUUUUAAAAUAUGUAUACAUAAGACUUGGUUGGCCUUAAACCUUUAUCCCAAUAAUUUCAGUUAUUCUUUUUUUUAAUAUAUCUUUUGCAUUCUUAUGUUCAUGAAUCUACUAGAAGAUAGAGAUACAAAAGAAGUAUAAGGCAAUCAUGUACUCAUUCAAAAGAUAUUUAUUUAGCAACUAUUAUAUGUCUUUCAUUAUUCCAGAUAUUGAGACACGAUGAUGAAUAAAACAGAAAAUCUCUUCCCUUAAAGUAUUUAUUUUCUAAUCAAGGGAGGUAUACCUAUCAGAUACUUAAAAUAACAGUAUACCCCCUAAAUCAAGUUGUGGGGAUUCCCUCAGCUGAAGACUGACCUCUGUGAUUAUGGAACAGUUCUCUAAGCUAGUGUUUUUCAAACUGCUACAUAUUAGAAUCACCUGGAGAGUUUUAAAACAAUACAUGCUCAGGCCCUACCUUGUACCAAUUAAAUCCGUAUUUUAAGAGAUGGUAUAGAGAUAGGCAUCAGUAUUUUUCAAACUCUCUAGGUGAUUCCAAUAUUUAGCCAACUUUGAGAAUCAGUGCCCUAAGCACUUUUUAUAAACAUUUAAGUAAAUGUCAAGCUGGUGGCACAGUGGCUUUAUUAUUUCAUUUUAAGAAAAUGCCAAGUAUAAAUGCCUCUCACCUUAAUACAAGAUUAUCCAAAUUUCUGCUUGAUUGACUUAGUACAAAGUUGACACAGUUUUUCUUCCAUAUUUUUCUCCAAGAUUGUUUAAUAUUCAUUCCUUAAGUGUAAAGAUAUAUAUAAUGCCUGGGAUAUAAUAGACAUUUAUUGUUCAAUGACUG